AAUAAAGUUUAUCUUUUAUCUCUACUUUCUUAUUUAGUUUUUAAUCCUAACAUUGGUGGUGUUUUCAUAUUUCAAUCCUUCAAUGGCAUACUCAUAUCCCUCAUCUUUCACUGCAUUUUAUCCCUAUCAUCCCAAGACCACCACUGUCACUUCCUCAUUCCCCUCUUAUCCAUGGGACUGUCCUCGAUCUUGUUCCCCUAACAUACCUUUCAUUACCCCCGUCACAAAAUUUCUCUUAUAACCAUGGAUACAGACCACAUCAACAACCACCAUUCACCUUGCCUCCCACAACAAUACCUCUUACAGCAUCUCCUCCAUACCCAUCAUAUACACAAUGGCCAACGGCAACCUUCCUCGAAGAAUCAUCAAGGAAACUCAGCGUUUGCUCAGUGAGCCAGAGCCGGGAAUUAGUGCGUCUCCUUCGGAAGACAAUAUGCGGUAUUUCAAUGUGAUGAUCCUUGGUCCAACUCAGUCUCCCUAUGAAGGGGGGGUUUUCAAGCUAGAACUGUUUUUGCCUGAAGAAUAUCCAAUGGCUGGCUUACAGGUCAGGUUCCUGACAAAAAUAUAUCACCCUAAUAUUGACAAGCUUGGCAGAAUAUGUCUUGAUAUGCUGAAAGAUAGGUGGAGUCCUGUCCUUCGGAUUCGCAUUGUUCUGUUGAGUAUUCAAGCUCUUUUGAGUGCACCAAACCCUGAUGAUCCACUUUCUGAGAACAUUGCCAAGUAUUGGAAAUCUAACGAGGCUGAGGCUGUUGAGACUGCCAAGGAGUGGACCCGAUUAUACGCCAGCGGCGCUUGACAAUUGGGUGGAUACUUUUGGUCUCAAAUAACAAUAGUGGAAGGAAGUGUAUGCUAUUAACUAUAUUGAAAUGGAAAAAUUUAGAGGAAUUGUCUAAUACUACUGUUUUGGAGUCCAUAUUCCUCCUAAUUUCUGGUUACAUGUCUAUUGGAACUUGUAUGAAUAUUAUGAGAUAUUGUGUCCAAAAUUUAAAACUCCAUCUUCAACAGCUAAAUGUAAUUUGGGAUUCUCAAAUGAUACUUUUUAAUAAUCAUUUCUCUUGGUUUGUCUUCA